CCUCAACAUGCAGACUCUGCAUGCUUCCCACCAACUCCUUACUUGAGUUCUUCGGCCGAAUACAUCCCGAAGGAAAUGCCCUGCAGCCUCCGCCAGGGCAUGUUCUUUGAGCCCAACAUCCUCCAGCCAAUAGCCGAGCUAUUCCCCGCCCCCUCUUUUGGUGAUCCUGAAGGUCGAGGUCACGCUUUCCCAGCAUGGUACACGAAGCCAAAGAUGGCGGCGGUCGCGACGAAUCUUUGGUUGCGGUUCCGCUGCAAGCUUUGCCUGACCUUAAGGGGUCAGCGGGCAGGUCCGUGUGGACAGACUCCCAGCUGCAGAUUUUAUUCUGGAAGUGCAACCGUCCCAAAGGUUGAAGGAGCUAACGUAACAGGGAUUGGAGAAGUGGUCAUUCCAAAAAAGAAAACUUGGGAUAAAGUGGCUGUUCUUCAAGCACUUGCGUCCACAGUGAAUAGGGACAUCACAGCUGCCCCUUACGCAUUUCAGGAUGACCCUUACCUCAUACCAACAUCCUCUGUGGAAUCUCGUUCAUUUUUAUUGGCAAAGAAGUCUGGGGAGAAUGCAGCAAAGUUUAUUAUUAAUUCCCAUCCCAAGUACUUUCAGAAGGACAUAGCUGAACCUCAUAUACCGUGUUUAAUGCCUGAGUACUUUGAACCUCAGAUUGAAGAUAUAAGUGAAGCAGCCUUGAGGGAAAGAAUCAAACUCAAAAAAGUCAAAGCUUCUGUGGACAUGUUUGAUCAACUCUUGCAAGCAGGAACCACUAUAUCUUUGGAAACAAGUAAUAGUCUCUUGGAUUUGUUGUGUUACUAUGGUGACAAGGAGCCCCCAGCUGAUUAUCAUUUUCAGAAAAGUGAAAAAUCAGAAGAGUUGGAGGAGGCCGCAGAGGAAAAUGAUGAGAAAUCUAAGAAGGCUGAUCAUCAGUUUGGAGUCACAUGGAGGGCAAAAAACAAUGCUGAGAGAAUCUUCGCUCUAAUGCCAGAGAAAAACUCACACUCCUACUGCACAAUGAUCCGGGGAAUGGUGAAGCACCGAGCUCCUGUGCAGGCAUUAAACUUGUACACUGAAUUAUUAAACAACAGACUCCAUGCUGAUGUGUACACCUUCAACGCAUUGAUUGAAGCAACAGCAUUGAGUGUGAAUAAGAAAUUAGAGGACAAAUGGAAUAAUAUACUGGAGCUGCUAAAACAAAUGGCUGCACAGAAGGUGAAACCAAAUCUACAGACAUUUAAUACCAUUCUGAAAUGCCUCCGGAGAUUUCAUGUAUUUGGAAGAUUGCCAGCCUUACAGACCUUUCGUGAAAUGAAAGCCAUCGGAAUAGAACCCUCGCUUGCAACAUACCACUAUAUGAUUCAGCUGUUUUAUCACCAUGAAAACCCUUCAAAAGGAUCAUCCCUCAUAAUCUAUGACAUUAUGAACGAAUUAACAGGACAGAAAUUUUCCCCAAAGGACCCAGAUGACGAUAUGUUUUUUCAGUCAGCCAUGAGAGCUUGCUCAUUUCUCAGAGAUCUAGAACUUGCUUAUCAAGUACAUGGCCUUUUAAACACUGGAGACAACUGGAAAUUCAUUGGACCAGAUCAUCGGCGUAACUUCUAUUAUUCCAAGUUCUUCAGUUUGCUUUGUCUAAUGGAACAAAUUGAUGUCACGUUGCAGUGGUACAAGGACCUGAUACCCUCAGUAUUCUUUCCUCAUUCCCAAACUUUGAUAGACCUUCUCCAAGCAUUGGAUGUGGCCAACCGGCUAGAAAUGAUUCCUCAAAUUUGGAAAGAUAGUAAAGAAUAUGGUCACAUUUUCCGCAAUGACCUGAAAGAAGAGAUUCUGAUGCUCAUGGCAAGGGAUCAGCACCCACCAGAGCUUCAGGUGGCGUUUGCUGACUGUGCUGCAGAUAUCAAAUCCACUUACGAGAGCCAGGAUGCCAGACAGAUUGCUCCUGAGUGGCCAGCCAACUGCCUGAACUAUAUAGCUGUCCUCUUUUUAAGGGCUGGGAGAAUGCAGGAAGCCUGGAAAAUGUUGGGGCUUUUCAAGAAGCAUAAUAAGAUCCCUGGAAAUGAGUUGUUGAAUGAGUUUAUGGACAGUGCAAAAGCAUCCAACAGCCCUGCCCAGGCCAUUGAGAUAGUGAAGCUUGCAAGUGCCUUCAGCUUGCCUGUUUGCGAAGGCCUCACCCAGAGAGUGAUGGCUGACUUUGUAAUCAGCCAGGAACAGAAGGAAGCCCUGGGAAACCUAACCUCACUGACCAGUGAUAGCGACAGCGGCAGUGACAGCGACAGCAAUGAAGGCAAAUAAAAGUGGGCGAAUCAGGAGCAGCUGUGGCCUAGCAUAGCUGUUGUACUUAAACUUGAGAACUGACAUCUCUGUUCAACCAUCUUGUGAAGAAAAUAAUUCAGACUUGAACUUCAAAGAACAAUAGGUACAGCAUGGACUAUUUAAAUUCCUAAUUUGAUACUUCCUAAGCCACCCAUUCAGGGUUGACCAUUUAAACAGAAGCAGCACUACCAUUUUCAUUUCUGUGGACACACAUGGUGAGGAUGCAGCUCCUGGCUUCGGCAUAAGCUCUGCGCAUGAGCAGUGUUUGUUCAGCGGACUUCACACUGCUGUCCAGUGUGGUUUGUCCUCCCGUCAGGGACUUGGCCUUCGUGGCCUGAUGCUGUGAUGCUGGUGCUUCCUCAGUCUUCGAGAAGGUGGCUAAAGGAGGUUUGCAAUACAUACAUCUCCACUGAUACCGGAUCAGUAGCCCAAUUUAAGGGAUAUUUUAGAGGUGAGAAAUUUGCCAUUGUUGUUUAAUCAUUUCUAAGAUGCAUAGUGUUUGGGCUGCACGAAUGGGAUAAUGAAGGCUGUAAAUAAACACUGUAGUUAAGGUGCAUUUGUACACGCAUUCCCAUUACUUUCACACAGCCUUUGUCUCCCCCCUGCCCCCCGACCCAGGCCCUGGGACUUGCACGAAAGUGCUCCCAUCUCCCUUGCUUCCCCCUCUGUGUGCCAGCACCUUUAGUUGUACUCGGUCUACUACAAGUGGUCUAAAGUGAGGGCGGCUGGGCGCCUGGGCAGCUCAGUUAAGCGGCUGCUUCAGCUCAGGUCAUGAUCCCGGGAUCCUGGGAUCGAGUCCUGCAUCGCGUUCCCUGCUCAACGGGGAGCCUGCUUCUCCUGCCUGUGUGCUCACUUGUGCUCUCUCAAUCACAUAAAAUCUUUUAAAAUAAAGCGAGGACUGCUAGUCAAGAACCUCUACUACUACUGGCAUUUCUCUUACCACUAUGAAACCAUACUGGAAGUGAGCAGGAACCUGCAGUUUACAGGAGCAUUCUUGCCCUUCACCAGGGCUUCCACAGGCUGCUUUGCUCAUUCCUGGUCCCGGAUCUACUGAGGGGCCCCAUGAGUCCCUCCCAGAUGAACAGCUUCCUCCUUACCCUGCCAGGGCUGCCACUGAUGGGCUACUAUUUUGUACCCUUGUCUGUUACAUGUAUCUGUUCCAGUUCUGCUUUCUAUCCUCUCUCUCUAGACCUGGACCCAGCCGUAUAUCCUCAAAAACCUAAGUAUUGGCUCAUGUUUUCUCCUAGAUUGCCGGUUUAAGAUUUCUAAUUAAAGGACAAAGGGGGCAGGGAAAUGACAGUAAUGAGCUAUUAAGCAUUCAUGUGCAUCAUUCCCUGACAUAACGAAGCAAAUGAACAAAAGGAUAGUUAAGGUUGAUUAGCCUUUGAUCUUGGUUUACAACUUCCAGGGAGAACCUGGCUUCCUGGAAGUUUCUGUUCACUCUGCUCCUUCCCGUCUUUCCUACAGAUGCUUGCUCUCUUGGCCAAGUACUCACUGCAGUCCUUAUAAAUGUGGUAUACUUCUCCCCUUCUCAGGCCCCAACUGAACCCUCACCUUAGUGCUUGGCAGCUACAGAGCUGAUAGGACAAAGUCCCAUCUGGGCUGAUGUCAUGAAAAUUUAUAAUGGAUUUCAAUGUAGUUCAUUUGUUUUAACUGCUGUAGUUACUGCAAAUACCAAGUCUAGGCAAAUAACUGCUUCAAAGUUUCAGAAAAUUAGCCCUCUAGGAUUGGUCUCCAUUCUCUCAAGAGCAAGCACAAGAGGAGGUAGGGUCAGAGGGAGGAGCAGACUCCCUGCAAAGCAGGGAGCUUGAUGCGGGACUUGAUGCCAGGACUCCAGGAUCAUAACCUGAGCGGAAAGGCAGGAGCUUAACCAACUGAGCCACCAAGGCACCCAAAGAUUUUACUUUUAACCUCUACACCCAAUGUGGGGUUCAAACUUUAACAACCCAGAGAUUGAGUCACAUGCUCCAACUGAACCAGCCAGGUGCCCCUCCAUUCUCAGUGCUAAAUGUUUAUUCACUGACUAAUGAAAUAUUAGCCUCUAAUAGUAAAAGAUGUUUUAUCAGUUUUUGCUUUUGGUCCCUGGCUCUCCCCUCAAUUUGCUGUCUUCUUCCUCACAACUGUCUCUAAUAUAACUCAAGUACUGCAGGCUUAAAAGGCAUUUACUAAAAUGAGUGGCUUCUCGGUCAUGUACUAGAACUCAUUUUUAAGACCAUUCUUAAUAGGUCUUAACAUUUCACAGAUAUUUAUAUAGGAAAUAUAUAUUACAUUUACAACCUAAAAUCAGUUCAGUAUUUUAAAGAAAAUGGUAUGAAGAGAAAGAUUUGAGUUCUGAAUUGAUCCAAUUAAGGCCAGAAUCAAGUUUUGAAAAGCUUUGGCGCAUUAAUGGCGUAUAAAGCAACCAUGUUAAAAUAAUCCAAAAAUAGCCUUUUGGAAAUUGGGAAAUGAGGGUAAUUUAACCAUUUCUUAGUAACUUACCAAAAAGGAACAGGAGAAACCAGAGCAUCAGAGGAACAAACUGUGGAGUCAGGACCCAUGGAAUGGGAAGGGUCAAGGGAGUAGGCCUGCUACAUGUGAAUAAACUUGUUCAAUAUGCCUCAGAUCACCAGUGUGUGGAAAUUAGGUACUAGUAGGUUCGAGGUACAUAAGAACAUUUGAGGACUCUAGCAAUAAAAUGUACUGUCUGAUGUUUGUCUUUAAGGAUUUAAGACAAAAUUUUGGGGGUGAUUAGAAUACUGAAAUGGAUUAGCAAAUCAAAAUACAUCACAUGCAAUAAAGCUGUGAUACAUUAACAUAUGCACACAGAUACACAUGUAUAAGUGUAUCUGGUCAUGACAUCAAUUAUUUUCUGCUGGUAAAGUUUAGAAACACUGAAAUAGGGGCACCUGGGUGGCUCAGUCAUUAAGCAUCUGUCUUCGGCUCGGGUCACGAUCCCAGGGUCGAAGCUUGCUUCUCCCUCUCCCACUCCCCCUGCUUAUGUUCCCUCUCUUGCUGUGUCUCUGUCAAAUCAAUAAAAUCUUUAUAUAAAAAUAAAAACACUGAAAUAGGACAUGCUUGGAGACAGCGGUCACUGGAGCAAGGCUGGUCAGGGCAAGUGUACGGAGUCAUUUAGAUCAGAUCUUUAGAGCAGAGUGGUGAUUUACCAAAGACAAGUAUUUGAUUUGGUUAAUAAAAGGCAACAUGCUAAUGGAAUGAUGGAAAUGUAAGAUACAUAGGGUCUGGACAGGGAAGGAACAUCCAGCCUGGCCCAGGAAGGAGCCUAACCUGUCAAAACGCUGUCCAUCCAAUCCACACAGUCAUGGACUGAGAGAAUCCAGGACUGGAGGAUCAAGCCCAAGAAUAAUUUAGAGCUCCGCAGGAUUUCAGACUCCUGAAAACUAAGAAUGUCCAAGAGUAUAAAGAUUAUGAGAAUUUAUUCCUGGGGAAACCUAACCUUUACCACCAAUACCAGUGGAAUUUGUUCCUACGACAAUGGCACGUUUGCUGGCUCUUGCCUCUUAAUCCCUCUAAAACCCCCUCUCCUGGAAACCCCAAGGCAGUGUCCCUACAGCUAGCGUGAACUCACAAGCCAGUGAAACAUGACCUCCCCAUGUUUUGGAUAAGGGCAGAGUGGCCAGUUACCCUCUUGCUCUUCCACCCUCACCCCUUCUUUAUACUCUCCUGGUGACCUCAGGGUCCCUGAAUGCUUCAGGGGGAAGGAAACAGGCGCGGGCAGUGGGGGGGGGGGGAGGGGGAGUUGUUCAGCUUUGGUUUGGGGUAAUGGUUACCACCGGACCUGAUGAAGAGUGAUCUGCCUGAUAUUGAAUCCUUUUUAUUUCCCAUUUUUGUUAAAUUAUCUGUUCUUCUGCACUGAGUUCAAGCAAGUUACUUUAAAACUGGUGGGACAACUCAUUUGGGACUUGGAGACUGCUUUUAUCCAGAACCUGUUAAGAAAGAGCAGAGGAUUUAAGUUAAUACUAAGGAAUAGAAAGACUUUGUGCCUUUAAAAAGACUGUCUAAAACUGCAUUUUAAUUAUUGAUUUCUGAAACAUUAAAGCAAAGAUCAGAGUUUUAAUGUUAUAUCUAGAGGCAUGAGUUUAAAAUGUUGAGGAACACUGCCUACAGCACUCAAGAGGGAGGCAGUAAGGUAACCCAAUUUAAGGCUCAAAUAGAUUGAGACAAUGAAAGCAAGACAAUGAUUUGCUUCACACGAUCAAGUCAGAAGUGGCAGAGAUGUAACUUACCACCUACAGUUGAAGUAAAGUGAAGCUGCCUGGCUCUAAGUGUCCAAGGUUACAGCCAUCUUCCCCCAAACUUGCCCCUUUGGGUUCCACCUUGCCUUCAAGGACAACUGACAACUCAAGUAAAGGCCCUUUUCACUUGAAGCGUUGCUGAGUGACAUCUCAGGAAGAUGGGAGUCUUACUAGGCCUGAGGAGAGAGAAUCAAGGCCUGGCCAAGCGUCCCCUUCCAACAUCAUCCCAUUUUCUAAUAGGCAACAGGGGUAAGGAGGUUUGUUAAUGGAACUACUAAAACUUGAAGGCUAGUGGUCUUCAUUAUUUUGAUUUACUGAGGUAAAACAAACCAUUCAGUAUUGCUUGCCUCUUAUGAGCUCAGAUAAUCACAUCUGAUGAGACUUAUUUUCCAGCUCCUAGAGAAAUUUAGAUUUCCUUAUAAUUGGUAGUAUUUCCCAUGCUGCAUAAGUAAAACAAAUUACAAGCACCUUUACCAUGACAAACAGGUAAGUAGCUUUGCGAGUUAAUGUAUUUUGCAAUUCCAUACCAUUCCAAAGGGGAAGGCUGAAUUUAGAAUAGUCUCAUUUUCUUGUGGUAAAAAUAGCACACUUCUAACUGCAGAAAUUAAGGACAUUACACAAAGCAUGUGUUCCAUCAGAGACACAUAUAUUUGUUGAUUUAAGAAUCUACUCAGGAGGAACAUUAAGGAAUAUUAGCAAUAUCAACCAAGGCCAAAACAGGACCAAAAGAUCCCCAAAUCAAAGGGCAAGUGCCAUGCAAACUUAAUGUAACAAUCCAAAUUUAGGGUCUGGCACACACCCGCAGAAAUAUAAAAUAGAAUUCCUCUCUCCUCCAGGAUUUGCAGAUACUUUGCUCAAAUAAAAGUGUCUCAGGCUCUUUGUGAACCCAUACACCCCAACAAAAAAUUAAAAAUUAUGAAAACAAAUUUGAUGGUAUUUUCAUGGAAUAAGAAAAAAAAUCGAAGGAAUUUGUUAAUGUUUACCCAAUAUCGCAAUUGUCCUAACCUUCAGAGACGCGAACUAAAAAAG